AUGGAGAUAAUAUUUCACCCAUUAUUUGAAAAGCUGUUAAAGGAUAUUAAACCUAUCAAAAUAAAGAUUAUCACUCAGAUUUUUUAAUUCCAAUUCCAAAUUACAUAAAAAUAUAUAGAAAAAAUUAUAGAAUUUCAAUAGCAUUUUAAAAGUAAUAUUUUUUAAUGGGAAUUCUGGGAUAAAGACAAAGUUGGUCUAAGUUUUCAUAAAUUGCCUUUUUCAUAAAAUGAGAAAAUGGAACAAAUAAUCAAAUAGAGCUGUAUAUAUGUUAGCAUCAGACUUACAUAUAUGUAUCGCUAAUUACAAAGACAAAUAUAGAAGCUAAAGUAAUAUGUGAAAUUGUAAAUGGAAGACUUAAAUUUGCUUAGAAUUAGCAUCAGGAAUCAAUUUUCUGUAUCACAAUAUGAGUAUUGAA